AAAAGUUAAAAUAUAUAUUAUUUUAUGUAUUAUUAUUAUUUUUCUAUCAGUUAUUUGAUCUUUAGUUAAUUUAAUUUAGUUAUUUACAUGAUGUAUGACCCUAGAAAAAAAGUAUUGUGGUUUUCAAUAGUAAGUCGUUUAGUGUUAAUAUUAUUACAAUUAAUAUUUAAUUUGUUGUGCCCUGAUCAUAAUGCAGAUGCAUUUACUAGUCCGAUAAAUCCAAAUGAUAGUGUAACAAUAUAUGAUAAAUUAAUAACGAUACUAUUUGGUGGCUUAACUAGAUGGGAUGCGCAAUAUUUUAUACAUAUCGCUAGAUAUGGUUACACGUACGAAAAUACACUUGCAUUUUUUCCAUUAUAUCCAAUUUCAGUUAGAUAUGUAGCUAGAUUAUUGAAGAAAAUUUUAUUUGUAUUUAAUGAUAAUAGUGUUAUACUGAUAGCUGCAGUGAUUAUUAAUUUAUUUUGUUUCAUUAAGUCGUCAAUUAUUUUCUAUGAUCUCAGUAAAAAAGUACUUGGUAAUACAAUAAUAGCUUACAAAGCGUCAAUAUUGUACUGCAUUAAUCCAGCGAGUAUUUUUUUUACAUCAACAUACUCAGAAUCAAUGUUUGCAUAUUUGACAUUUUACAGUAUGAUUGCCGCUAUUAAUAACAAUAGAUUUGUAUGUUUACCUAUUGGUCUUUCUGGUAUUGUUAGAUCUAAUGGUAUAGUUAAUAUUGGAUAUCCACUGUAUUAUUGGAUACAAGAUUUAUUUCAUACAAGUUUACCAAAAGUUAUUUCAGAAUAUCGUAAGCCGUCAAUGCAAUCUGGAUUGCUUAUUGAAUUAUUGAAUUUUUUUUCAAGCUUACUUUGGAUAUUUAAUACAAUAUUAUUGUCAUUAGUGCCAUUUGUGUUACUACAAAUUUACAAUUAUAUUGUUUUUUGCACUGAACGAGUUAAUGCAACACAAGUAGUACCUGCUCAUGUUAUUAAUUAUGGUAUGAUAAAUAAUUUGAUAAUGCCAGGUAAAAAUAAGUCACCAUGGUGUACAAAAAUGAUACCAAUAGCUUACACGUAUGUACAAGAAAAAUAUUGGAGUGUCGGUUUGUUUAAGUACUAUGAAAUCAAACAAAUACCUAAUUUUUGUUUAGCGAUACCUAUUUUAUACAUCAUGUUACGAUGCAUUAUUGAAUAUUUUCGUGAAAAUAAGCAACAAUUGUAUAAAUUAAAAUUUUUGGAUAGUAAUAAUUAUGAAAGUAUUACGCGUAAAAAACGUUAUCCGCUACAAAUGUUUCCAUUUAUUAUUCAUGGACUAUUUUUAACAAUAUUCUGCAUUUUGUUUGUUCAUAUUCAAGUUAGUACUAGAUUAUUGGGUUCAGCUAGUCCACUAUUGUACUGGUUUUGUGCAAAUUUAAUGUCACAUAGGAUUAGGAAUAGUGAUAAAGAUUUUUAUGAAAAUUCCACUAAUGCAUUUUCACGUUGGAAAAUAUUUUUUAUGUCACAAAAAAGAUAUUCAAAACGUGAUAAAUUGAUAUUAAUUUACUUUUUAGGAUACACAACGAUAGGAACUUUUAUGUAUUCAAAUUUUUUACCAUGGACUUGAAAAAAAUCUUUAUAUAUUUGUAAUAAAUGAAU